AUGGCAAACAGAAAGAUAACCUUGAAGAGUUGUGAUGGAGAAAUUUUUGAUGUUGAUGAAGCUGUUGCUCUUCAAUCUCGAACCAUUAAACAUAUAAUUGAAGAUGGUUGUGCUGAUAAUGCUAUACCUUUACCAAACGUGAAAAGCCAGACGUUGGCUAAAGUUAUUGCGUAUUGCAAGAAACACGUUGAAACCUCUGAAGGGAAUGGUCGUCGUGAAGAUCUUGACAAGUGGGAUGCUGUUUUUGUUAAAGUCGGUCAGUAUACCCUGUUUGAAUAUAUCUUAGCUGCAAAUUAUUUGGAUAUCAAGAGCAAAUAUUUCAACAUUAAGAAUGACUUCACCCCAGAGGAAGAAGAGGAGGAGGUUAGGAACAAGGCUUUCUAA